UUUCAAACACUAAACAUAACAUUUUCACACUCUAGCAAUGACACAAACCAAACCGCUAAAAUCCUUUUCUCCAAAAACACAAGGAAUAUCAACACAACACACAACACCAAACUCUUCCCAACGAUUCAACUCAACUCAACUCAGUCAUGCACGCAUGCACUUCACUUUCCCAAUUCCCUUCCUUGAUUCUAUCCAAUUCCCCUUAGAUCAAUCCCCAAUGUCGAAUCCCAUCCUUUCCAUAUCCGCAAUCGGUGGAUUGAGAAUUUUUCAGUGCAUUUUGCUGAAAACAUCGCUUGUGUUAUUAAUAUUAUGCAGCACAGUGUUAAUAGUUGGCUCUGGUUUUCCAGUUACACAAAUUCCUUCUGUUAUGGCUCACCCCCCAUUGUCCUCUUAUCUUUCCAAUUAUUGUAAAAAAGACAUGGUAUUGAAGCGAGGUACUAGUGAGGGUUUCCGUUGCGUUUAUCCUGUAAAGUUAGACCUUCUUCUUUUGAAUGUGUCUCAAAACCCUGACUGGAAGCUUUUUCUUGAUGAAUUGGCUGCACAAUUGGGGAUGCGGGCUACCCAAAUUGAACUGAUAAACUUUUAUGUACACAGCUUAUCGAUGUUGAAUAUAUCGAUGUAUAUUACUCCGCCAAAAGAUAUCAGUUUCUCUGCCUAUGAAGCAUCUAAUAUAAAGGCUUCCCUUAUUUUUCACAAGGUUAGACUAGACAGUAGAUUCGUGGGGGACUACAGGGUUCUCAAUUUGACCUGGUUUAAACCUCCACCUCCUUCGAAAGAUCCUACUUUUGCUGCAUCAACUGUGAAAACUCCUGGGAGACAAGAACUUGCUGCUACAUCAUUGAGUACUUCAGACAGGGGAAGGCAUUCAAAUUUGGUUGUUAUCCUUGGAAUUGUUACUGGGAUACUCAUCAUUUCCAUUAUAUGUCUACUUAUACUUUGUUUAUGCACGCUGAAACCAAAGACAAAAGCACCUCCUACAGAAACAGAAAAGCCAAGUAUAGAACAUACAAUUUCAUCUGUCGGGUCACUUCCAUAUCCAACCAGUACACGUUUUAUUUCUUAUGAAGAUCUUAGAGAAGCAACAAACAAUUUUGAACCAGAAAGCAUACUUGGAGAAGGAGGUUUUGGUAGAGUUUUUAAAGGUGUCUUGAAUGAUGGAACUGCUGUUGCAAUUAAGAGGCUUACUAAUGGAGGGCAGCAGGGUGACAAAGAGGUUUUGGUUGAGGUUGAGAUGCUUAGCCGGUUGCAUCACCGUAACCUUGUAAAACUAGUUGGAUACUAUAGCAAUCCUGACUUAUCACAAAACCUACUUUGCUAUGAACUUGUCCCUAAUGGAAGUUUGGAGGCCUGGCUUCAUGGUCCCUUGGGAAUAAACUGCCCUUUGGAGUGGGACACCAGGAUGAAGAUUGCACUUGAUGCUGCAAGAGGACUUGCUUACUUGCAUGAAGAUUCACAGCCAUGUGUCAUACACAGAGAUUUCAAAGCAUCUAAUAUAUUGCUUGAGAACAACUUUCAUGCUAAAGUUGCUGAUUUUGGUCUCGCUAAACUAGCCCCUGAAGGAGGAGCUAAUUACCAGUCUACUCAAGUCAUGGGCACAUUUGGGUAUGUAGCACCUGAGUAUGCCAUGACCGGACACCUACUCAUUAAAAGCGAUGUUUAUAGCUACGGGGUUGUCUUGCUAGAACUGUUGACUGGAAAGAAACCUGUGGAAAUGUCACAGCCAACUGGGCAAGAGAAUCUUGUAACUUGGGCAAGGCCAAUUCUUAGAGAUAAAGAGCGGUUAGAAGAACUUGCUGAUCCAAGGCUUGGAGGAAGGUAUCCGAAGGAAGAUUUUCUCCGUGUUUGCACUAUUGCUGCAGCCUGUGUUGCACCUGAAGCAAGCCAACGACCUACAAUGGGUGAAGUGGUACAGUCACUUAAAAUGGUGCAGCACAUAACUGAAAAUCACGAUCAUGCAUUACCGUCAUCUAAUACAAGGGGUAACCUGAAACAGUCUUCUACAGCUUAUGAUUCUGAUGGGACAUCUUCAAUGUUUUCUUCUGGUCCUCACUCUUGCCUAAGCACCUUUGACUAUGAGAGCAUUUCUAGGACAGCUGUUUUCUCUGAAGAUCUUCAUGAAGGACGGUGAAUGUAGUUUGAAAUGCAAGCUAACUGCAAACCUGCACACAAUCCAAAGGCUUUUGCAUCAUAAUCUAGAAAUCUUUUCUUUCUCAUGGCCAAAGGUGGAUGGAGCCAUAGCCGGUGGGAUUUUCUUGCAAUGAAGGUUAAAUUUUGUUGUUGUUGGUUGGCUAGGAAAGGGAUUCUCCUGCUGUCAUUUCCGCCAUCCUCCACGGUAAACCACAAUCCUGUUCUCCCCUAAGUGACAGUGGUUCCAUGUGAAUAAACUUGGUACAUAUGUGCUUUGUAGUUUGUUACCUUGUUUCAAAGAUUUGCCUCAAAAGAAAUUUAAUUUUAAUUAAAAUGAAAAAAAUUCGUAUAGUUACACUAUAAUUUUCUUCUAGAAUUCUUCAUGGGUGGUGAACUAGACUAGAUAUAUGCCCUUAGGAUUGUGAAUUUGACCUUAAAAUCCUUUUAGCUCCUCUCUAGGUGAUACUAUUAUUCUGGCUCACUUGGAAAAAUGUGGUCUGCUUUAAAGAAUUAUAAAUCUAUCAUUGAUUCAAUUUAAUAAAA